AUGAAGCUUUCCAUCUUCACGGUUGCGGGACUUGCCUCCCUUGGUCUUGCUGCCCCUGCACAGCUGGACAGGCGAGAAACCGCAGUGGAAGCCACGGACCGCCUGCUCUUCAAAAGCAGCAUGUCCACAUUUAUCGCCGCACGCAACGCUAAAAACCCCUCUUCUUUGGACUGGUCCUCCGACGGCUGCUCUUCUUCUCCUGAUAACCCAUUCGGCUUCGACUUUAUCAACUCGUGCUACCGCCAUGACUUCGGCUACCGGAACUAUAAGAAACAGAGCCGCUUUACCUCCGCAAACAAGGCGAAGAUUGACAGCAAUUUCAGGAGUGACAUGUAUGCUCAGUGCGAGAAUGAAGGAAACGCUUUCGAGGUGGCAGCGUGCAAGGGAGUUGCCGAUGUCUACUAUAAUGCUGUCAAGGAGUUCGGCACCAAGCGAGCCGCUGAGUUCGAGGCAAAGAUGAGGAGAGAUGCUGAGGUCGAGGAGAUUGAGGGAGUCGAGGCGGGGGUAGUCGUUUAA